AUGAAAGUUUUAUAGUUUUCCUUAUCAACACUCCAAUUCCAUAAUACAACUUUGGAAGAUAAAUACUAAGAAUAUAUUUUAGAAGAGAAACUUACCUUUUUUAAAUUGUUAAUGUCAAUAACAAUUUUAAAUACUCUAGUAUCAUUGUUUCGAUCAAUAAUAGAAGGAUGGGGAACUUUUUUGAUCAUAUCACUUUCGGUGCAAACUGCAUUAUAUUUUAUUACUUUACUAUUUAGCAGAAAAAUUUCUCCAUAUUUAAAGUACAUUCUUCCUUUAUUAUAUGUUGUUUAAUACACUUUUUUUAUAAUUGGGGCACUCAACAACCUAUUAUAGUAUAAUAUUAAGAUAAUUUAGGCCUCAUUACGUUUAUGGUUUUCUAGGUGGAAUAUUUUCUUGUUGUAUGCUGAAUUAUUUAAGUGUGAAAAUAAAAAUUGUUAUUUUGUUAUCCUCUAUUUGGAUACUACUUGGAAUAUUUAGAAUAUAUUCAUUAUUCAAUAUCAAUUAUAUUUUACUUGGAAUUGGAGCUACUAGUCUACAAAUGUUUUCUGCUUACAUAUUUGAAUAUAAUUCAAGAUUAUAUUUUUCAUAAGGAAUGAUUAUAAAGUAAUAAAUGUAAUAGAUAUCAAUUAUAUAAUAGUAAUUUAAUGUAUGAAUUUACGAGCUAAAAAAUUCUGAUUGUUAGUUUUAAUAAAAAUAAGACAUUUUUUGAGCUUGAUUUUGUAAAUUAAAAGUUUGAUUCAUUUUAUAAAAUUGAAAAUAAUUAAGAUAAGGUUAAAGAAUUCUUAAGAAAUCAUUUUAUCAUUAAUUUAGCUACUCAUUAAAUGUUUGGCAGUUUAAAAGUAUAAAAAUUUGCUAAUAAAUAAAUAACUUUAGAAGAUUUGCUCUUUGAAAAAUACAGAGCUUAAAAUAAUUUUUUAGAAUAAUCCAAUUCAUUUUAAAUAAUAGAUUAAAAUAAAAAUAAAAAUGAAAUUCAAGUUUAAAUAAUAAAUGGAUUGAAAACUCUAUUUUUAAUCAUUAUAAAAGAAAACAAUAAUGAUAUUUAAAUAGAAAAGUAUGAAAAGAAAAUGUAGAUGAUAAAUAAUUUAUCAACAAAUUUUUCUAUACUAGUUGGUUCAAAAUUACAAUCUAUAUAUAAAUCAAUUUUUGAUUUAGAAAUUUAUUAAUAUGAAACUUAAGCUUUAAAUAAAAUCUAAGGAAGUAUCUAAUACAUUCUUAAUGAAUCAAAAAAUUAACUAAUGUUUUUUUCUUAAAAUAAAAUUCACUAAUUAAUAGAUCGUUGUUUAUUAUCCACUUUUAUUUUGGCUUUAAAGCCAUAUUUAAUUUAUUAAUGUUAAUAAUCUAAAAUAUAAUUUGAAUUAUUAUUUUAAAUGGAUAAAGAUAAUGUUUAGAUGAAGAUAAACAUUAAAUAAUUAACAUAAAUAUUAAUUAAUAUCUUCAAUAAAAUUCUAAUUUAUUCAUAAUCAAAUAGUACUAUAUUAUUAAGAAUAUCGAAAGAAUAUAAUUUAAAUCCUUUAUCAAAUAGUUAAUAAAAACAAUCAUCUUCAUCAAAAUAUGAUUAUUUAUGCUCUUCUUAAGAUAAUUCUCAAAUUUUGAUUAAUUUUAAUUUUUUGUUUAAAACAGAUGAUGAAAUAAAUAAUUUUGAAAGAUGUUUUAUAAAUAAAGAUAAUGAAUUAGAACAGAAGGAUGAUUUAAUAACAAUUGUUAAUUCAUAUAUUAUAAAAUAAUUAAGUCCUUAUAAUAAGAUAUUUAUAAUUUAAGAGAAAAUAUCAAGAUCAUAAAAUAAUACUCUUAAAUUUUAUAUUUAUUCUGAUUAAACAUAAAUUGACCCAUCUUAUUGUAAAUCUAUAAAAUAGCAAAACAUAAUUGAUUGA